AGGCUGAGAGUUGGGCAGGUGUGAACCGUGCGUGCGGGCGCUGCUUGCGAGGCCCGGAGAACUUCUUUGACUGGCGGAGGGUUAAAGGAGACGCCGGACUCGUGCCCUCGGUCUGUUGGGAUAAGUUCUCGUCAGGGAGAGGACGCGUCAUGAGGAGUUUGCUGGUGUCUCACUCCAGAGCUCUUCUGCGAUCCUUCAGCUCCAGCGCCAGAAAUCUCUUUGAGAACAAAGUGGCCGAGAAACAGAAACUCUUUCAGGAAAACAAUGAUCUCCCGGUCUACCUGAAGGGUGGAUCCUUGGAUAAACUACUAUUUAACCUGACAAUGGUGUUAUCUGUGGGAGGAACUGGCUAUGGUCUCUUUUUCUUGGGCUGGGCCUCCUUUCCCCAAAAGAAUAAAACGUAAGACAGCUCCGGAAAAUGGGCCUGGAACAGUUGGGGCCAGAGCCUGGACGGGGGUGAGGGCUGGGGCUGGGAGUCAGUAAAACUUCCCCCCAGGGGGACAGCUAACUCCGA